GGGCGGCGGACGGCGGGGCGGGCACAGGAUGAGGGCGGCCAUUGCUGGGGCUCCGCCGCGGGGAGGAGGACGCUGAGGAGGCUCAGAGGAGUGCAGCGCUGUGGGGGAGGCGCCCGCGCCGACGCUGGGCCUAUGGCCAGGACCACCAGCCAGCUGUAUGACACCGUUCCCAUCCAGCCCAGCGUGGUGUUAUGUGCCUGCCCAUCCCCAUCAAUGGUGAGGACACAGACCGAGUCUGGUACGGCUCCCAGUGUUCCCAGUGGUGGCAGCAGGCAGGGCCCCACCAUGGAUGGCACCACAGCCGAGUCCCGGCCAAGUGCCAACCCCCUGCAGCACGCUGCUCAGCCACCACCACAGCCUCGAAAGAAACGGCCUGAAGACUUCAAGUUUGGGAAAAUUCUUGGCGAGGGUUCUUUUUCGACAGUUGUCCUGGCCCGAGAACUAGCCACCUCUCGAGAAUAUGCUAUUAAAAUUUUGGAGAAACGUCAUAUUAUAAAAGAAAACAAGGUCCCGUAUGUAACCAGAGAGCGAGAUGUGAUGUCACGACUGGAUCACCCCUUCUUCAUUAAGCUUUACUUCACAUUUCAGGAUGAUGAAAAGCUGUACUUUGGCCUUAGCUAUGCCAAAAAUGGGGAAUUACUUAAAUACAUCCGCAAAAUUGGUUCAUUUGAUGAGACCUGCACCCGAUUUUACACAGCCGAGAUCGUGUCUGCUCUUGAGUACCUGCAUGGCAAGGGCAUCAUUCACAGAGACCUUAAACCAGAAAACAUUUUGUUAAAUGAAGACAUGCACAUCCAGAUCACAGAUUUUGGAACAGCAAAAGUGUUAUCCCCAGAGAGCAAACAAGCCAGGGCCAACUCAUUCGUAGGAACAGCACAGUAUGUUUCUCCAGAGCUGCUCACAGAGAAGUCGGCCUGUAAGAGUUCAGACCUUUGGGCUCUUGGAUGUAUAAUAUACCAGCUUGUGGCAGGACUCCCACCAUUCCGAGCCGGAAAUGAGUAUCUUAUAUUUCAGAAGAUCAUUAAGUUGGAAUAUGACUUCCCAGAAAAAUUCUUCCCUAAGGCAAGAGACCUCGUAGAAAAACUCUUGGUUUUGGAUGCCACAAAGCGGUUAGGCUGCGAAGAGAUGAAAGGGUACGAACCUCUCAAGGCUCAUCCAUUCUUUGAAUCCAUCACAUGGAAGAAUCUGCACCAGCAGACACCCCCAAAGCUCACAGCUUACUUGCCAGCCAUGUCAGAGGAUGACGAGGACUGCUAUGGCAAUUAUGAUAAUCUCCUGAGCCAGUUUGGCUGCAUGCAAGUGUCAUCAUCCUCCUCCUCCCAUUCCCUGUCUGUGGUGGAUGCCAGCCUGCCCCAUAGGUCGGACAGCAACAUAGAGCAGUACAUCCACGAUUUGGACACUAACUCUUUCGAACUGGACUUACAGUUUUCUGAAGAUGAGAAGAGGUUAUUAUUGGAGAAGCAGGCUGGUGGAAACCCUUGGCACCAGUUUGUAGAAAAUAAUUUAAUACUAAAAAUGGGUCCAGUGGAUAAGCGAAAGGGUUUGUUUGCACGAAGACGACAGUUGUUGCUCACAGAAGGGCCACACUUAUACUAUGUUGAUCCUGUCAACAAGGUCCUGAAAGGUGAAAUUCCGUGGUCACAAGAACUCCGACCAGAAGCCAAGAAUUUUAAAACUUUCUUUGUCCAUACGCCUAACAGGACAUAUUACCUGAUGGAUCCAAGCGGGAAUGCUCACAAGUGGUGCAGAAAGAUCCAGGAGGUUUGGAGGCAGCGAUACCAGAGCCACCCAGAUGCCGCUGUGCAGUGACACAGCCUGCGGCCGGGCUGCCCUUUGCUGCCAGGACACCUGACCCAGCGCGGCUCGGCCGCCACCCAGGACGCUUCCAGACCACCUGCCAGCCAUCUCAAGGAGAACACAGACGGCGGAAAUCUUGCAGCUUUUUUAUUUAAAAGAAAAGAAGAAAAAGAAUACCCGGUCACACAAAGAACAAAACCAAUAACAAACAGGAAUUCAGGGUCACUUUGUUUGUUCUCUGUGCUCUGUGGAGGCUUCCAUGUACUCUUGUGGCCACGGAGACCCAGGCCCAUGCAUGGCAGCCCAGCUCCCAACCAGACCAAUGGCCAGACUUGGUGUCACCAGCCCCUCCUAACAUCUUUUGGAACCAUGCACCUGCCUCCACCCCUCACUACCUACCAUGCACUGCCCUUGCUGUGGCCUAGGGACCUGGUGUGUCUUUGACCUUCUCCCCUCCGCCCCAUUUUCAUGGACUCUUACCCAGGAGCCUCUGCACACCUCUGCUGGGGUGGUCACCGGCUCUCUGAGCAUUGGCUUCUUAGCUUUGUGUUUGUGUUGCCUUCCCUGUGUCCCUCCUGUAUGACCCUGGAGUGGCCAUGCCCCUCAUGUGCCUCCAGCCUUGGCUGUAGUGGCAGGCUCUUGCUAUCUGGGAGGCAAACUGCUGAGGUGAGGAGUGGGCAGGCUACAGACGUGGCAUAUGGAGCAGGCUGCCAUAGUUGGAAAGCACCCUCACAGGGCUCAACUCCCAUGUCCCACCUCCUAGCUGUGUCCAUCAGUGGGACUGGAUGCCAAGCUAAACAUGUGGCUAGGAGGGACACUCAGUUACAGGAGCCAAGUUAGCACCUAGUUGGGUCUUUUCCUAGGAAUACAAAAUCCUCCCCUGUACAAGGAUGAGACCUGGAGAAACUGCAGAGGAACCAGCCAGAGCAGCCUGGGCUGAUGGCCUCCAUGUGGAAGAGUGAGGCCUCAGGCCUUUCUGAGAGUCUCCAAAUAGGUUUAAAUGUGUAGCUGCCUGCCCAAUGAGAUUAUGUGCUGAGAGAGAAUCUUGGUGACAGCAGCCCUGGGGUGCUUCAGUCUCCUGUCUAGCCUCACAUGCCCCUUGUUUUUGUCGUGGUUAAACCCUUCUCAAAGUUACCUCAGUUUCUGUUUCUGUUGAACUAAACUUCUCACAUUGCCUAGUCACUUGGUCCCAUAAGUUAGACUUUGCUUGGAAAAAUGUAUUGCUAUUUCCCGGGACUCAAGAACAACCCAUUAAAUUUGAGCCUGCCUAGCCUGGCAUCCUCUGCCAGUUUUAGGGCCACUUCCCUUUGAUGCUUUAGUGGCAGUGCUCCCUUGCUUUGCUUUGUUAUUCCCAGGAAGAGUGCUCCAGAAGUGCCCAGUUGUGCCUCUUCCUGCCUAGGUUGUCCCUAGAAUGGCCCUUAGUCCCUCAGGGAGAGGAACAGGCAUCUCCUUUUGCAGUCUCCCCACAGAUAUGCCUCUGACACCCAUGUCCCCAAGGCAGGAACAACUUUGUCAUUUCUGUAGAAAAAAAAAGCAAAAAGCACCAACAAAAGGCCCACACAGAAAAGAUUCCUCCACUUCCUUUCUCUAGUGACCAUUUGUGACCCUGUGUGCCAGGCCAGUUUAUUUCCAAAACUGUUUCAAUGAUAAGAGUGGCUCUUUUGAAGCUGGAGAGAGAUAGAUGUGAAUCUGCUGUUGUGCUGUGGCACAAACGCUGGGUGGAAGCAGAGACUGCACCCUAGGCUUUACCAGCCAUUUUUGUGAGAGUUUCACGUAAGCAAACAAGAAUGUGUUGGAGCCCCACCUGUCUUUGGGGCACCCCAAGGGAGCAGAACCCAAGUCUGGCUCAGGGCCCCAAGGCUGGGUCCCUUCUCUCCUAGGUUUUAGAGAGAUUUGCCCAUGUUAAGUGAGGCUCACCUGGCCAUUUCUUUCUUGGAAAGGCUCACUCCCCUUGUUGCUGUCUUGCCUUCAUCGAAAUGUCCCACCUGUGUGUGUGCAGGGGUAGCUCCCUGACUCCUCUCCACAUACAGAUACAGGGAAAGCAGUGCCCAAGGGCACCUGGGUACCAGGAAAUAAGGGGACUAAGAUUUUGUUUGAAUAAGAGCACCAGGCUGGCCACAGGCAAGCUAGGAGAGUCUUCUGUUGCUUCUUCCCUCUGGAGAGUGCCACUACCUCUGAGGCUUCACCAACAAGCGCUGUCCUAAUCUCCAGAGCCAUAGAUGAAGGCUCAGAGCCAAAGGCUAAGAUGACUGUGCCUGCCUCUGCUGAUAGCUGAGCCCUUUUUGGGUAAGCUUUGUCAUCACUCAUAGUCCCCCUUUUCCUUGCUUUUUUGUUUAAGGCCCACAUGCAGGUUCUUUUCUUGCCCAAAUUUACAUCAAGUUCAGUUUUUCCCAACCACCCUUAGAGCCAUCAUCUGGUAUGCAGGUGCCUUAGGUUCUGGGACAGGGAUGCGGAUGACAAUCUAUGUGCAUAGAUGUACAUAGAUGGCAAUUUGUCCAAGUAGGGACCUGUCCAGGGUGAGAAAGUAAUGUCCUCUUAUUUAAUAGCUCCAGGAGUCACGUGUCCUACUAAGAAAGGGAAAGGACAAGCAUAAAUACCAUGAGUACCCCCUCUGUAGCCUCUCCUGACAUAGAGGGCCAGGAGAUGUGGUCAUUGACAGCUCAGAGAGCUCACUGUGCUCUGCCUUUCCCUGGGGACACAGAAGGCUGAGUUUGGAUGGGUUUUUUUCACCCUUUUUCUAUGACCCCACCAAGGGCAGCAGGCAACCCUGUAUGGACCUCUGAGCCUCUUUACCCCUGAAAGUGGCUACCCAUUCUGAACCUGUUAAAAGUUUAAUUUGAGAAAGAUGGCUCAUGUCAGGCCAAAGCUGUCAGGAAUUUCACCUCCAGCUCUCUUGGGUUGUACUGUGGUAGUUGGGUCCAUGCCUGAAGGGAUUGUGUAGACAGCCCCAUGGCAUAGACACUCAGGGUGCCAGUUAAGAGGUUCCCAGUGACUUUGUACCUUCUUAAAAGUAACAUUGGUCUUCUGAAAAAGAAGUCAACUGUAGGCUUACCACCCAGAGAACACUGUGGGCAUUUUGGUCCAGAACCUGUCCACACCCCUUCACCCUAGCAUUUGUUUGCUUUUGUAACUAAACUGGGAACAUAUACGCCAUUUUGCAUCCAGCGUUUUCAUUUGAUAGUUCAUCCUAAGCAUUUUCCCAUGUCAUGAACAGUUCUUCGAAAGCAUGAUUUUAAUGAUUGUAGAGUCUAAGGCUUGUAAAUUUUAUGAUAAUUUAUCUGACCAUUUUUCUGUUGUAAAACAUUUAGAUGGUUUCUGGUUUUUCACUAUAUAAAUAAUGCUGUGAUGAAUAUCUUUAUUCCCCCUUAAAUGCCUGCAAGUGGUAUUUUUGGGUGAAAGACUUUGUUCAUUUCACUGAUACUCUUCCCUCUUGGUCUGAUGCUUAGAUUCUCUAAGUUACAGUAAUAGAACCUACUUCUCAGUGUCCUACAGAUUCUGAACAAAUCAGUUUCUAUUAAGCUGUGUGUCACAAAACGUGUUUGAAUGUGACCGAUCUUUUUUUUUUUUUUAAUACCACAAUGGUAUCAUUACUGCAGAUCCAUUUGUGACAGAUUUUUACAGGAGCCAGUUUCCUUAUUUUCAUUGCAAGAAUCUGAUCAUGAGUGCAUGUUCUCUUCCAUCUCUGCUGCUGUGGCUUCCAAGUUCUUGGUGAUGUUUUCAGAAUCUUGUACUUUGUGUCCACAAUGGUACUGAAUCCCCUUCUGCAGUCAGAGAUACGUGUUGAACUGACCUUGCCACAUGCUUAGUGGGUGAUUUGUAAUUAAGUUUAUAGAUUUAGAAAGUACAUUGGGCCAUUUGGGAUUGGUAACAGAGCAAAGGCUCUCAUUGAAAAAGAAACCAUGUAGAUGAUUGGGUUUUACAGAUGUGUAUUUAUGUUUAUUCCCUUCCCGCUAUCAGAAGGUCUUUGUGGUUUGGGACAGCAAAGUGGCCAGGCCUCUUUAAUGUAGAGUGUGGGUGACCCAGCUGGCACAGGUGGUAAGGCUUUUUCCCUCCUUCCUGCCCACAGUGCUUCAGUGUAGGUUAUGGUCUUUAAGUCCAGACCACCCAAAUUUGGUUGAUUCUUGUAUCUCCAGGUUGGUUGUGAUCCAUUGAUUCUGAAGGGAGAUAUGCAUGAGGGAUUUUAUGGGUGCCAUGCUCAGUGCCACUUGAGUCUACCAGAGCUUAUGGCUGAAUUGUGCAGGACUGGGCUGGCUGUCCUCAGGUGCCUCUCCUCUGGACCUUUGGCUGGUCCACAGAUCCAGGGUGCUCAUUGCUAAAUCUUGAGUGGUUGCAGCUUCUGUGAGAAUAUGGUAAAGGUACUGUGUUCUAGAAGAUGUCUUUUUAUACCUUUUUCCAUUUUGUUUCAUUGCAACCUAAUAUGAACUGAUGGUGACUCAAAUGAGCCUGGGUCUUUCUUAGGCAGAACAUAUGUAUGGCAGGUGCCCUUGAAUCAGGCUGGAGCCACUUCCAGAGCCUCUUGAGGGGUGCUGGCCACUGGCUCAAGACUGCAUGGUUGUAAAUCAGUUUGCCUGUGAAGAAUUGGUCUGGGAAGGAAGGUGUUUCCAUCAAAGAACAGUUUUAUCAUUGCUGAGGUGGUCAUGGUGAGCAAAUGAAUGAGCCAUGUGAAUACCUUAAUUUUCCCUGUAACUCAUUUCUUCAAUAUGAAGAAACUCCAAACUCUGUCCAGAGAACUUUGUACAAAAGGCAAAUCUUUUUAACCUCUGUAGCCCACCCUAGUCUGUCUGGCUGAAUGACUAUGUGUAGGUCACUGUGUAGGUGAACGCCUCUAUUUCGACCAUAGUUUGGACGUUGACAAAUUAAAUAUUACAGUAUUUAGAACUGCUGCAGCUGUUCCGUAACCACAUUAAAUAGGACAAAUCAAUAGUGUGUUGCUGUUCUUCAGGUUGGUGGCAGUCAGAACAAGUGUAAUAUUCUCUGCCUGGUCUGUAGCUGUAACUGUGAUGUACAGGCAAAGCAAAAAUUAAAAAAAAAACUUAUGAAAACAAAUAAUGCAAUGAUACUAGGAUAUACACUUUUGUAUUUUUAUUCUUAUAUAAUGUUAUUUGCUGGCUAUUGUUGGCCUCUAGUUCAGUCUGUGUUAUUUAAAUUCUAAUAUAUGAAUUAUUUGGAUUGAAUUCAUGUUCGGGGCCACGCUGUUGUAUGUAUUGAUGUACAGCCUUGAAUGUGAAUAAUUAUUGUAAACUAUAUUUUACAACUUUUUUUCUGGCUUUAUUAUAUAAAUUUUCUAUUUGGUCAUGGUUUAAUCAUAUCAUAAUUUAAUGAAUCUGUUUUAUUCUCUUUUUUCAAAUAUCUGUGCUUUAGGUGUAGUUACCGAAUGAUGAAUUCCACUCCUAUGCUCGGUAAUCUUGUAAUAAAAGCAUGUAGUGUGUUA